GUCUGGUGGAAUGACUGCUUACGCCAUAAUAUCAUUCAGCCACAGCGGGUAUCUUAAGUGGCGGUUUUGAGCCUGCUAACUCAAAUAAAUCCAAACCACACCAUCAGGCGUCAGCCAAAACCGCCUUAGCCACAACGAAACCUCCUUCACGCUCCCUUGUUGGUUACCUCCUGAUAUAUAUCAAUGUGAUCUGAUCACCUGCAUUUAUAGCGGAGUCAUGCCUUCCUAAGUGCAUACUUCACGUAUAGUGCUAACUAACAGAAUGCACAGAAGCUAGAAUGAAUACUGAUGAAGCAAUAACGAGAGACUUCUAUAACUUUAUGACCUUCUUUCGUUUUUUGAAAAUGGUCAAGGGUCAUGAAAAUCAAGACCACCAUCAUUCGACAUAACAAUGAGCCGCCAAGUGUCCAACGGGAGCAAACAAAAUUAUAGCAAGACAACCUUAGCUAUAUAUCUUUCAAUCCUUAUUAAUGCGAACUUCAUUCAAUUAGAAUUCGCUAUCUAUGGACCCCGGAAAAUUAUCAUUCAGUACUGCAGGGGGAGACGUUGACCUCCUAGAACGUCUCACGAAGCUACGUCUGUUAUUCUCUAACGGCUCCUUCACCAGCCAAGAGUAUCGAUACAUAAAAAUCCUUCUUUCUAAUGUCAACGUAGAUAUUAUUGGCGAGCUUCCAGUGGAAAUAGUAAGCCAAAUUGCACAACUACUGGAUCUGCAUGGGUUUGUUUGCUGCCUUGGUAUAUCCAGACGAUGGCGUGGCAAGUUUUUAUCCCCGUCUAUAAUAAGCACUAUUACGAACAAAUAUUGUCCUUCAUUGACAUACUCUGGAAAUCCAGUGAGUCCAGAUAAUAGUCUCAGCGCCCUUCACAGAAUAGGACGAUUGCGCUGGCACUCUUGGCAGGACUAUCUGAAGAAAGAAUUUUCUUGGGAACAUGAAUCAUAUUUCAAGCUGGACCCUGUGUAUCACGGCGAUCACGAUAACACCUCCAUCGUCUAUGCGCAAUUUGGUCACUAUGACAAUGACCCCAGGCCAAAUGCCGAGGCGUACUCGAGUGCUCUGUAUUCUCGUGGAAGGAUAGCGUGGCUUGCUAAACCACGCAUCGUGGUAGUUGACAACUUAUGGGUACGGACGCGAAAGAUUUUCACUAUGCCAACAGGUGCUCUCGCUGGAUUGACACUCGAGAUUCUAGCCCUUGGGGAUAGGCUCGUGGUUGGCACUAUGCAUCGUAUUUUAGUCGCAUGGGACCACACAACGAACGAGUUUCUGGAAAAGAGGCUGCCUGGCCCCAUUAAAUAUGCUACCACAGAAGGGUUAAGAGUCGCCGUGAUACUCUUUAAUGGGGAUACCUUCUUAUGGGAAUUCGGCGGUAAAGUGUCGAUGAUUGCAACAGCUCCUCUAAAACAAGGACUCCACGGACAGUCAUUGAGAACAUGGGUGUCGAACCUGCGUAUUUUUUUCCACCCUACGUGUAGCAGAACGCUUCUCCUAGCUUCUGGCUAUACUCACUUUUGGUCUGAAUACCCUAAUGCAAUUCUUAGGCGAGUAGUCUAUGAAUUUAAGGAUAUGAACCACACCGAGACUUUUCAAUCUGAAUUCCCCACCAGAAUGCACAAUCUCGCAAACCCUAUCGAUACUAAAGUUGACAUACAAAAGGUCCUACCUUACCGCCGCGAUAUCAUCGGGUUCUGUCAGUGUCACUACCGCCCUCAACCGAUGGUCAUAAUGCCCUACCAGUAUGAAACUUUUAUUGAAUUCGAUAUCUAUGAACGACGGUUUACAGCAAGAACCGGAGAGGAGUUUGAUCCUAAGAAGUUUGGCUGGCGCGCCCCUCUGGAAGAUGCCGACUUGGACUUUGGAAUUCAGUUCUAUUGCAACGGUUUUACAGCUUUUAGCUAUCAACCGGGGUUCGAAUUUGAAAAUAGCGGAUGAUUUCUGGUCGGGGAAUACACGAAGCACGGUGGCUAAGAAAGCAUCCAUCGCGUGUAUUUCUUACGUCACGAGACGCUUUGGGUAUUUGCCUAAGUCGAGACUUAUUUGAGUGAGAACUCCGUGGUUACCUACUGAUAUGGGUUUGGUGGCAUACGAAUACACUAUUCAGUGUUGUCGCACCUUUGUGGGUCGCUACAUGGGCCCUGGUUGGCAAUAUGGGACGGCCCGUAUUACUCCCAUUAGG